CCCGAACUCAACUCCGCGACAUCCACAUCAACGUCGCAAACUCACCAUCGCCUCCUCCCAUCCUCCGUUUCGAUCGCGACAUGCCCAUUCGCCAUCAUGUCUAAACGGACCAGCCUUUACGAGCAGGGCGAGAAGGGGAAAGACCAGUAUGUCGAGCGCGAGGACCAGGCGCCGGACCCUCCAAAGCGCGCGACCGCAGCGCAGAUGGCGACGCGAAAGAUCAAGACUAUCAAGCCCCGUGGGCGGCCAGCCGGCAUGAGCUCUAGCUUUUCACAGAUUGGAGCUUCCAAUCCGUUCGCGUUCGGCGCCGUACAAGAACAACACGGCCCAAACCAGCAAGGCGCGUUUGGCAGCACCACGAACAGUUUCCCACCAGCCCAACUGUCUACCCCAAGCAACCCCUUCGCCAGCUCCUCCUUCUCUGCCCUUGGUGGUAGUAACACCAGCUUCAACCCUCAACCACCGUCCUCUGGCUUCACCUUUACGGCCCCUCCACCGCAACAGCAACAGGCCCCGCUGCAACAAUUUGCAGUGGACAAUCCUUCUAGCACUGUUGGCACCCCUACCCAAACCUCCGCUCCCAGCAAUCCUUUCGCUAGCCCGGCCUUUACUACUCUGCCACAACAGCAACAGGUCCCACAGCAACAGGUACCAGAACAACCCGCUCCAGAACAGCAAGGCGCGUUUAGCAGAAGCACCAGUGGCUUCCCAAUUGGUGGAUUCGCAGUCAGCAGGCCUUCUGGUACUUUGGGCACUUCUGCCCAACCCUCUGCACCGAGCAAUCCUUUCACUAGCUCCUCAUUACCAGCCUUAAGUGGUGGUAGCAACACUUUCAACACCGGCUUUAAUAUUCAACCACCACAAGAACAGCAAGCACCAGAGCAAAAAAUCGCGUUUGGUGGCACCACCACCAGCAGCUUCCCGCCAGCCCAGACCUCUGCGCCAAGCCAUCCCUUAGCCAGCUCUUCGUUCCCAACCAUUGGUGGUGGUAGCAACACUAUCAACACCGGCUUUAGCCCUCAAUCACAACCACCACCACAAAAACAACAAGCCUCAGAGCCACAAAGCCCGUUUAGCGGCACCACCAGCGGCCUCCCGCCAGCCCAGACCUCUGCACCAAGCCACCCCUUUGCCAGUUCCACGUUCCUAACCUUUGGAGGUAGUAGCAACACUUUGAACACCAGCUUUAAUCCUCAACCACCACCACCACCACAAAAACAACAACAACAACAACAACAACAACAACAACAAGCACCAGAGCAGCAAGGUGCGUUUAGCAGCACCACGAGUAGCACCACGAGCGGCAUCCAACUAGCCCUACCCUCCGCUCCGGGCAAUCAUUUCACGUUCGGUGCAUUAGAACAGCCAGCCCCAGAGCAGCAAGGUGCGUUUGGCGGCAGUACCACGAACAGUAUUGCUGUGUCAUCCUCAUCAUCGACGCCGAACCUAUCUUUCACCAAUCCCACCUCGAGGAUGAUCUUCAGUGGCGCUAUCCUUCCUGGCAACGACACCUGGAACCACCAUCCUGGGUCUAGCGGCUUUUUGACGUCGCAACCGAAGCAACAGCCGACAACUGGGAACCAGGCUCAGCCCAACAUAUUUGCCCCAUCAUCCACUGGCACAUCCCAUCCACCCCCGGUAGACAACCAGGAAGGCAAUCAGCCAUUCGGGGGGUUGCCGCCCCCACCCCUGGAGCCACAGCCGAUUGCAUCCAUGCCUACACUUACAGGAUCCACAGUGCAAGAGUCUUCUAAGGGUUUGCCGAAGGUGCCGAAAGUACCGAAAGUGCAGGUGGAUCCACGAUGGACGAAACCAUAUGUAUCGAAUGCUACUCAUCCUGCAAAUAUUGACGAGUUGGGCAAGCAAUUGAUGGACAUAGUUGCAGAGCUUUCUGUAUUGAAUCAGAAAUUCAAGGACAAGAUUAUCAAUAUUCCCACCACUGCAGAUUGGUCAUCACUGUCAGCAUGGCACAGCAAAACUUCCACCGAACUUGUCCAGAAAAUCACAACGCUCAAGAAACAGAGGGCUCUCACCAUGGGCAUCACUGGCACAGAAUCGAGUUUAUCCACGAAGCGAAAACCUGAAGAGGAUCUCAAUCACGACAGCCCUGCUACUACAUCGUCAAAGAAACCUCGAGGUGGUGAUUCCGUCAGUGGGCCAACCGCAAAUUCAUUUCAGCCGUCUGAGAGCUCCAGUGGUGUCGCCAACCCCGACGCCCCUGCUACAAAGACCGCGAAUAUAUUCGGCAAUGUCCUCAGCAAGUCCAUCACAUCCACUUUUGGCAAUGCACCUAGCAAGAACGCUGUGCCCUCUUUCGGUUCGGCUGACUCUACUAAAAUGUUCAACAAGAUUAUGCCAAGUGCACCGUCGUCACAGAAGAAUCCGCCAUUGUCCAAUAUGUUCGCAAAUGCGUUGAACAGGAGUGCCGGAGCUUUGCCACCUUCCCAAUCCACGCCUCAGGUUCCCGUCUUUGGAAAUGUCAGUACGGGAGGCAGCUUCUUGAGUCAAUUCAAGAGCGCAAAGACGGCCGAAGAGCUUGCUGCCGAACGUAAGGCAAAAGCGAAAGCAGAAGAUUAUGAUUCCGACGACGAGACUGAGGAACAGUGGUCGGCACGCUAUGACGCAGCAGAAGCAGUGAAGCAAAAGGCUGCAAUGGCUGCUCCCGGCUUCCAAGUUUCCAUUACCGCAAGCACCUCCAAGGAUAAAGACUCCUCUAAAUCGGUUUUCAGUAUACAGAAAGCUGGUGGUGAUUCUUCCAACGGCGAAAAUGCUCGUAUCGCCACAGGUUUUGGUUUUCAGAAGGCCAGUGGUGAUUCCUCCAAUAACCGCGAUAAUGCUCGUAGUGCCAUGGGUUUUGAUUUCCAGAAGGCCAGCGGUGAUUCUUCCAGCAAGGGAAAUGCUCACAGUUCGCCGGGAUUCAAACCAAGCACAAAUUUAUUCACCACUCCAAAGCCUGCGAACGGUGCAUCCAGCAACGGUCUGUUUGGUUCGCGGACUGGUAGCCCGGCACCGUCUAGUCCAGGCGGAGGCUCCGUCUUCGAUUCCCCUCAGGUUGGUGGCACUCCAGGCGGAAACAUAUUCGGUCAUUUGUCUUCCGGAUCCAACAACCAAAACGAGUCUGAUGAAGAUGAUCAAGAUUACAAGCAAGGGGAGAAUCAACAAGAUGAUCAAGACUAUAACGAUGAAGAUGAAGAUGCACAAACGGAGGGGCAGUCACAAGAUGGUCCGAGUAGCGAUGCUGGUGCCCCAACCUCGGCAUCUCAGCGCAAACACGGUGAAUCUGAUACCGAAUCUGAUGAAUAUCUCGAAGAGACCAUGAGGAGAAAGAAGCAGGAGACUGCCGAUGCCAAGUCAAGUCUCCACUCCCAUAUCACGAAGAUCAAUUCGUCCGAUUUGACCCAAUCCGAUUCCGAGAAGGACCAAGCGACUCCUAAGCCAAGCCUUGCCUCACGAAUCACCAAAACUGACCCGCCUCAGUUGAACUCUGAUAAUGAUAAGACAGAGACGGAUCUCUCAUCCUCCGCCAAUGACACUAAGAAGAAACCCUUCCAGUUCUUUGACUUCGGUAAAGUCCCCGAUACUGCACCAAUCAAGAAGAACAGCUUCUUUUCCGGCGAUCAGACCUUCAAGCCUGGCACUCCCAUCAAGUUUGGUGGUGCACCCACUCAACCCAGCACAACUCCGUCAUUCCUCUUCCAGCCCGCUAGUCCAUCUCUUGACUCGUUUUUCAAUAAUAGUUCUUUCGGCGGCGCCUCAGCCCCAGCUCCUCCGUCGUGGCUCGCCCCGACUGUUGGCCCCUCGAAAAACAGCUCUUCCAUGUCCUCUGUCUUCUCCUCUCGCGCUCCAACCCCCUUGUCUGCCGAUGAGACCAGCGGUAAGGAGUCCAAUGCCGAAGAAGCCAACGAAGGUAAAGACGCACAACUCAUCCUCAACACCGACUUGACUUCCGAGGAAAAGGCGGAUUAUGAAAUCCUAUUUCACACUCCCGAAGCCAUCGCGAAGCACCAAGUUGUCAAGGACGGCAAGAAGACCUGGGAGACGAAGUGCCGUGGACCACUUUGGAUGCUGAAGAAGAAAGACACCGGGAAGGUUCUGAUCCGGAUUCGUCUCACGAACGGAUCCACUCCGGUUAACUGUUUCACUCUCCCAAAGAUGGCUACUAAGCUUGCUGGAGAUUCUAAGAAGAUGGUUUAUGCGCACCUAACAGGUAAGGAGGGUAUGCCGUCUACUUUGCUGUUGAACCUCAAGGACGCGGCAAUUGCUAUAGAGUUUGAGGAUAUGUAUAAUAAGAACUUAUAGUUUGGUACCUUUUUAAUAAGUGUUUUGGUACAACGGUUGUAAUUAAAACGUUCUUUUUGUUGGUUUUUUAGUGAAUGUUAGCAUAGCAUGGCAUAGCAUGGCGUAGUGAUUAGGUGGCUGGCUGAAUAGCAAUUGAAGCAUAGGAGUGCCUUGUAUAGCAAUGGAUCUCAGAUGCAUAGUUACUUAGCUAUGACGGCUAAAGUGAAGUGAAUUGUUGUAAAGUAAUGUCUGGCAAAGCGUG